CAUAGUCUUAGUCAUCUGGGGGGGAAUUGGUGAGAAACUCCAGAUGCCUGGACCUGAGGAUUCGGGUGGCGACCCGUAGCAACACGAGAGUCAGGGUCCGCGUCGUCGGAUCCGAGAUCCAUUUCGUACAGGGUUCCACCAAGACCUCUGCAGUGAAAUGGGAGGAUCGGAACCAAAGUGUCACACGGUACCGUGGAAACGGAGCGUUCGGAAUGGAGGUUUUUGGGUGAGGGAGCCCCCCAUCGUUCCAUGCUGAGUGCUUUGCUCGGGUGGUUCGUUGCUUCGUUUGGAGGCAGCAUGUCGCUGAUGAGAAAGCUGGGAAGACCAGAGAACCAAACCCUUCAAGAGCUGACGAUGCAGCAAACUCGCCCUUGCGCACGCUUCAGAACGUGACAGCUAAACACAUAAGGUCAUCAGGCUGAUCCGCGUGACUUGCCCUGUUCACCAGCUCAUUUGAGCUUCUCAAAUUACCCAACGCGCUUGCUUGUCCAGCUUUGUGCGUAUUUUUGCGAGAUGGGACUUGGAAUGUCCGCCAGCGCUCCAAUUGAGGUCCCCACACUCCAAUUCACGGUGAAGGCUGACUGUCCAGCUUUAAGCAAAGGUCCUGUGAAGCUCAAAGUGCUGCACAGUACGGGUCGCUUUGGCAUCAAGAUCGUGCGGAUCUGUGGCAAGGCAAAGGACCGCACCUUUCAGUACCCCAUUCGCGACUAUCCAGAUGCUGAAGACGAACUCGAUGAAGGCUAUGACUGUUGGAUGAUGCCUCACCUUUUGAACAGUGUGGAACUCACGGACGAAGCUGGUCGUGGAGCUUCACGACUUCUGCAAGCUUAUGAGCACAUUUACCAGAUUGAUCCCAAGACCAAGCGUAUUUGCGUGCAAGAAGGAGGACAUGAAGGGCUGAUGGAGUUCAUGCAUGAGCUUGACCUGCAAGAGGAGGACUUAACGUGCGACUUCCUACCUGCCCGGCCAAUUCCAUACACAUCUUCCAGGGCUGCCUCCAUUUGCACAGAACCCUUUGCUGAGAACCUAGUGCUGCACCUAAGGAAACUCUAUUGGAUGAGCGCGUGUCAACCAGCCUUGGAAUCCAUUUUCCAACACUUGGGCAUGUUGGAAGAGAGGAAGCUUGGGCUAAGGGUGCUGAACAUGAGGCACAACUUCAAGAUCAGUCCCAUCGCAGUGGUACAUGGCGGUCGUGAAACUUUGGGUUGGUGGGACCUCCCAGAGAAGACCACCACCAUUCUCUGUCCGGGUGACCGGCUGAUUUUCUUGGUGCCCUCCCAUGAAUUGGCAGAUGCCGACUUCAAGAACAGCAUUGAACGCUUGAAUUGUGACCUUUCGCCAACGACUGGCACCUCGGAGCAAUCCUUGGAAGAUGGAGAUCUCUCUGGCUUCUCCAUGGUCAAGCCUGUCAAGCCUCGACAGAAGUCCGCGGGUCGCAAACCCCGGCGCUCGACAGGUAAAAUGAAGAAACUCAAGAAACAGAUUCUAAGAAAGUGGCUAGAGGUGGUGAGGCAAGGGCGGGAUGUUCUUAGCAUACCAGCCACGGACUUGCAGGAAAACGAAUCGAAUUUGCAUGCACACUUCCAGCCAUGAAUCAGCAAUGUCGCCCACAGCGAACCUUGAGGAGCUCGACUUGGCCGCAAGACUAGGCCAGGUGUGCACGUCAAUUUUUGGACUGCUUCAAGCCCAGCUUGAUGCCAAUUAACACCUCCAAGCGCUUUGCAUCUCAUGUUUGCCCGUCCUUUUUCCCUGAAUUGCAGCCCUUCUGCGUACCUGAGGACGCGUGCACUGGUUGAAAACAUUUUGAAAACUGCAGUGGCAACUCCUUCAGGUAGCACCUUCUGUGAUGCCGCACCAGUCGCUGCACAGGUUUGUAGUGGUCGUACCAGUCGUGCCACCGUGGCGGGUGAACGCUGCCGCUUUGGAAAACCGGUGAUGGACGCAGGGUCUGCGGGGUCCUGGGGUCUAGAGCGGUGCAGUUUGUUGGACGAAGACUUGAUUUCGUUCCAUCGAACAUGAUCACUUGAUUUGGUAUCCUGAAAGCUGGGAAAGCC